AUGUGUCUAGCGAAGUUCAUCUACUUUAGUAGUGACAAUGUGAAUGCGGUUUCCUUUUGGCUCUUCUGGUAUAUUCAUGUUGAUGCUAUCCUCUUCAUGCCUAGUCCUCGUCUCUCCCACGACGGAAGCCAUUUUUGCAGCUCAAUUCCAACUAACCGUCAUCUGGCCGUCGUUAACGUCCAUUCGUGCAAACAAUUGAUGGUAAAACGAACAGAUCUCCACUCUCAGAAACUCACCCGAAGAUGCGCUCUAUCAGGCAAGAAAUCAUCUUCUCCAGGCAGUCGGGUCUCUAAAGAGGUGGUGAUUCUCUCGCUGGCGAACUUCAAUCUGCUGCCGGCAUGGCGGAGGUGUGCAGGAAUAGGCCAGCCGUCCGGUGGUACAGUGAGCCACGCCCAAAAGGGAAGAAUCGUCUAA